AUGGCUCCCUCCACCUCCGUCAACCAGGAAGAUACCUCGGAUGUCAUCCACAGCAACGUCAACGACAGCGGCGCUUCCCCCAGCUCAAAGCCGGCUACCAAACAUGAAGAGGCGACUAUCUUAAACCCGUCGGACUUCACUAUGCCCCAAAAGUUCGACAACCCGUACAAACAGCGGCAGCAUCUCAAGGAGCGCCUGGCCCUGGGAUUCCGCAUCUUCGCCAAGAAUGGCUUCGACGCCGGGGUGGCAGGCCACAUCACGGCCCGCGAUCCCGUGGAGCCGGAUACGUUCUGGCUGAACCCCUUUGGCGUUGCGUGGCCGCUCCUCAAAGCCUCUGACCUCAUUCGCGUAAACGCUGAGGGUAAGGUCGUCGACGGCGGCCCCGUGAAGCUCCUCAACACGGCCGCCUACAUGAUCCACCACGCAAUCCACGAGGCCCGCCCGGACAUUAUAUGCGUCGCCCACUCCCACUCCCUCUACGGCCAGGCCUUCUCGUCGCUCGGCCGCAAUCUCGACAUCAUCAGCCAGGACACCUGCGCCUUCUACAACGACGUCGUCCUCUUCGACUCCUUUGGAGGCAUCGUCCUCGGCAAGGAGGAGGGGUUGCGCAUCGCUGCCGCCCUCGGCGGCAAGAAGGCCGCCAUCCUCCAGAACCAUGGCCUCGUCACCUGCGGCAAGUCCGUCGAGAGCUGCGUCUACUGGUUCCUGAGCCUCGAGCGCUGCUGUCACCAGCAGCUCCUCGCCGACGCCGCCGCGGGCGGGCGGGGCCACGAAACGACAAAGGUCGACCAGGAGGACGCAGAGUUCACGUACAAGUCGAUCGGGUCGGAGCUCGCGGGCUGGUUCUCGGGAAAGCCGGCUUUUGACAUGAUGGAGCACGAAUCAGGGUUUGAGUAUAAGAAGUAG